AUGGCGAUGUAUUUGUUCCCUGGCAAAGUGGCACCUUAUGCAGCUGCAAUCCUGGUAAAUCUCGCUGUGGCCCUCGCCUUUCAUCCCUUGAAACCUUCCAAAGAAGAGCGACCUUAUGAAGAGGUUCAGUGUGCUUGGUUGGACACGUUGGCGUUCUACGUCCAGAUGGCUGCUAGCCUCGGAGCUGCUUGGGCUGCUGCUUUUCUGUGGAACAAAGCCGGAGCUUUGCGGCAUGCUAUGUCAGCCGUGGGUUAUGCGGUCAUGAAUUGGUUGCAGUCCGUGUUGAUGACACUCAUGGUGGCUGCCAAGCCUUGGGGCUGCCGUUAUGGCGUUUUACCACAUUUUGCCACACAAAGCAUCGAAGAAUUACGUUUGACCUCAGGUUCCUUUGAGGUGCAUUGGGAGUUUUUGAGUCCGUUGAAUAUGAUUUUUUGGAUGCGCAUGCUGGCCUAUUUGGCAGCGGUGAUUUGGAUGCAAUGGCUUCUUGAGAGGCGGAUUCACGUUUUCGAGAAGUCUUCCGGGCGUGAGUACGGUGGUCGCUGGGUGUUUCGCCUUUUGCAAUUCCAAGCGCUGUGGGUCUUGGGUGGCACUCUGACGGUUUGCCCUGGGAUUGCCUUGAACCUCAUGCCAUCUACACGGGCUGUGGACUUGAUGCUCAGCAUCGCGUGCGUGUUGGGGCUUGCUGGAGGGGCUAUUUUCAUGGCGGCCAACCUACUUUCAGCGGCCAUCGCUAUUGGGGCGCUUUGCCACAUCGUGGGUGACUUGAACCAGGCACGGAAGCGGAACAACACACCCGUCCCUGUGAAGAAACGCUUGGAAGAGGCCUGGCGAAUCAACCUAUGGCAGACAGUCGCAGUGGCCUUGAGUCUGUUUCUCUCAGUGGGUUUGUCCCCCGCAGUGCUGUGGCAGGUUCACAUGACUUUCAGUUUCGAUAUGAAAGCUGUCCAAUAUCCAGCCGAGCACAUGACCUCAGUCCUCGUGGGCGUCUCAGUGCAGGAAGAAGGUGGAGGAGUGUCAAAGCGAGGGAUUACACUAAACGGCUUGCUGAAGUUCUAUGAAGAGGACCUUCGCCUCCUUGAAUGGCAAUACCAGCCAGAUGAGCACCGCACUCGCGAUGUGGUUCGUCGGGCCAUCAUUCCCCUGACCGCCGGUGAAAAGACGUCUUAUGCCACUUCGAGCUACAACCGAGACAACGCACAAAGAGCACGGAUCAUGGUGACGCACAAGUGGGAUAAUCUCUUCAAAGACCUUCUGGCAGCAAUCAUGGCCAAUGCACUGCAGGAGUGCAGCUUCCAGGUAGUAGCCAAGAUGUUGAAGGAAGACUUGCCGCUCCUUCGCAGCAUUUUGGAGAAGACUGGCCGCUUGAGCGACAUCUACUGGGUCUGUGCGUUCGCUGUCAAUCAACAUGUUUCGCUUUGUCAAACCAAGAAGUACGACAAGGAUCCCAUUUCGAAUCAGUUGCAUCCAACUUGCAACUGCGGUUGCACCAACAUUGAAGACCCCGAUGGGCACCACCUGGAGUCGGAAAUGAACAAAUUCGAUGAUAUGAUGAGACACCUGGCGAGCACACCGGGAGGCCUUGUGAAGUCUUGGGAGGACUCCGACAAUUUGGAACGGAUGGGCGAAGCGGGCCGUUGGCUAAGAUGGAGUUCAGCAGAUGGAACAGCGGAGGUCUGGAGGUUUUGGAACAAGGAGGAUUUGGGUUCCAGUUCGAACAGAUCCAGAUCGAGCAGCGCAGACCCUUGGAGACCUAUGGACAAUUCUUCGGACUCGGACUCCGAGACCGCCGAGUCCGCUUCAUCGCCGAGCGCUGCAGAUUCUUCGGAAAGCUGA